GCCGGCUGCGCUCGACGCGAGUCCGCGCACCCAGCGCACCGCCGCCCAAGACAGCCCCGCGGACUCGCGCCCGGGUCCUUCGCCUAAGCGCAGCGAUUCCAUCGGCAGCAACUCGCUGGCUCGCAUGAAAGACCUGGCCCUGAUUGGCCGGGAAGACCAGCGUCGCCACUCCGAGUCGUCAUGGCGGCGUGCGAAGGUGGCGGGGCUGUCGUGCGCCCGCACCGCGACUCCACUCUGUGUCUUUUGUGUGGCACUGGUCGGUGCCGGCGUGCUCACCGCCUUGAUCCUCGGCUCGUCAGCGACGCGCAAGGCCCGUCAGAUGGCCUUCCAGUACAAAGGCUGCACGACCAGAGGCUGCCAGGAGCACUUGGAUCACCUGUCCAACACCCUCAACAAGACCGUAGACCCGUGCAGGGACCCGAUGGCCUACGUGUGCGACAAAGUGCGCUGGCGGAGCGAGAUCGUAUCGAACGCGCUCACCGACUUGCUGGUGCGCUGGUACGAGCUCGGCGCCACCUUCCUCCAAAAGCAGCGAAGACCAUCGCGUACAGCCUACACAUGGCCUACAGCGAGGUCAGCGUCCACCGCGCCAAGUGGCUCAACUACUCCAAGGCGUACGGCAAGCGGCUCGAAUACGUGCGUGCAAUGUACAGACUGUACGGGGCCGGAGACACGCCGCUGGCCCAAUUGCGGGACCUGGUGGCCGACGAGGACGCGUGGGUUCAAGCCGUCACCGAGGGCAUCGCGAGCUCCAACCGCGUCAUCAUGAAGCUGCGCUUAGCCCACCUCGACCAGCUCACUCCGAACGUGAGCAGCCACCGCUGGCUGGACUACCUGAAUGACCACCUGCGUCCGCACCGCCUCUCACCGGACGACAAUCUGCUGCUCGUCGACAAGAUUGUGAGCACCGUGACCAACAACAUCUUCGAGAGGUUCAGCAACGCAGCCAUCCUGGAGCAGGUCGCGUGGCGCUUCAUCGAGGACUACUCGUACGCCAACUCGUACGCCGCCGCCGUCGCCACGUUCGGCAACAGAGAAGCCGUGGCUCGCUUCAGGCCCCGCAAAUGCUACUCGUUCACUGAGAGCCGCUUCCAGAAGUGGCUUUUCGUGUGGAGGGUCGGUGAACAGCUGCAGCCGCGCUUCCUGAACACCGUCAAAGCCAUCUUCGAAGACUUGCGGAACACCACCCAGCGGCUGCUCUCUGACGCGGCGCCUUGGAUAGAUCCGGCCGCCCGAAUCGAGGCGGUGGCCAUAUUGGAGCGGUUGCACAUGGAACCGUUCUGGUCGCUGUUCGGUGCGGAGGGAUUCAAACCGAUGCUGCCUCCCAGCGCCAUCCACAAGUACCUGGACGCCUUCCCGAGGCAAUUUUCAUCGCCAUUGAAAGGCUGGAUGCAGGCUGCCGACCUGCACCGUCGCACGUUCCCCGGCUGGCCCCUCAACGACUCGCUGCUGCACCGGCACGGCGAGUACUCGUUCCCGGUGGAGUACGACUACUGGUGGAACUCGGUGUACCUGCACCUGGCCGUGGCGGCGCCGCCCAUGUUCUACACGGACGCGCCCACUUCGGUCAACUACGCGGCCUUCGGCUGGGCCGUCGCCAGGCAGCUGGUCAGGGGCUUUGACCCGCAGAAGGGCGCGUUCCUGGACUCCAACAGAACCGUGAGGAGCUGGAUGUCGAGAGCCACGCGCGAAGAGCUGCAGAAGAAGAUCUCGUGCGCUGGCGGCAGAUCCUCCGUGCUCAUGGACGUGGCCGCCGCCCAGGUCGCGUACCGGGCCUUUCAGGAACACCGAGCGGCCGAGCCAAGACGCUACGCCGUGAGCAAGGACAUCUCGCUGACGCCGGACAUGCUCUUCUUCGUGACUCUCUGCCGCAGCCUGUGCGGCCGUUGUGAACUGUGUCCCAAGGUGCUGAGCAACAUGGCUGCGUUUAGCCGCGCGUUCUCCUGUAAACCCGAUGCGCCCAUGAACCGCGCCGACAAGUGCUCCUUCUUUGAGCAGGCGUGAUAUAUCUCGCCAAAUAUGGAACAGUGGUUGCCGAGUUCCUUCGAGAGGCACCAUUCGUUUGUAUGCCCAUAGUGUUUUGCAUCAGAGUUUUAUGAAUUGCAAAUAACGUGCGAUAUGAGUACAAUUUUGCGCUCUUUUUUUUUAAUACUUCGCCUGAGCUCACGGGGGUUGCAAUGUGGGCUUGUGGGUAAUGUAUCUUCAAGGGGAGUACGGUAGCGCGAUUAAAAGUUGCGACAAAAGAAGGCACAUAGGGACAAGCGCAGUUCUUGAUCAAGAUUUCAACGUACGAAAGAUGUUGCGUUCCAUGCAGCUCAACUUUUUUCCUGAUUCAUUUAUAAUUUUUGCUUGCGCAUUUGCUUUUUUGCCUCAAUCUCCGUACGGAACGUGCUUCAAUUAAUAAGCUGUUACUUAAGGACGUGAGGAAAAGCGUGUGCGUUAGUACCUGGUUCUUCCAUGUACGCGUCAUCGUCGUUAAAUAUUCAGUUUAGUGUAUAUCGUAGAUCGAAACUUUGGAAUAGCCAAUGAAACACAGCGGAUUUAGGUCUGUUCAAGUGGAUUACUUUUAGGGCAGCGUUGCCUGCCCGAAUAAUUGCUAUGUACAGGUGGAUAAGUUUAAGAAUGUGUUACCUUCCUUUUCUUAAUUGUUAAUGUUGGGGCACAUGAUCCAAUUACAAAAUUAAAGUUGAGCAGCAGUGAAGCCAUGUUUGCUUAUCAGAAAUCGUAAAACUAGCACCACUUCCCUAAUAUCCGGCCCGUUAAAGAGACCGACAGCCAGUUUUUAUAGCACCUAUUCAGCUGGGCAACUGAAGGCUUACUGGUCGGAAUGCCCAAUCCUGCAAUGGCAACGCGAAAUAACGCAUUAGAACAUUUUUUAUCAAUUAUUUUAUCUGUAAUCGCUAUCAUGUUCAUGCAGUCAUACUGGAAACAGUCGUAUGUGAGCGCGAUAACGAUUGUACGCCGACGUCAGUGGGAAGCAGGCAAGUGCGGCCCUAGCCGCAACUAAUUUAUCUGUUUUUUAUCAAGCCGAUGUUCAUGCGUAGGUCAAGCAGUUUGAAAUGAGCUUAACUGUAAGGCCAAUGCGUUUUUUUUUUAGAAUUUUGGAACGGAUCUUUCAAGAGUAGCACUAGUCUUAUCUUUGGGCUAAGCAGGCAUGGUUCCACUACUGCUUAGCUUUAGUAAAUAUUUUAUUUAGCUACAUGGACAUUAAUUAAUGCCCGCCUCUUAGAUAAUCUACCUUGAUAGGCCGAAUCGUGUCGUAAGUCUUCAUAAUUGUGGCUUCGUUUAUUGGGCUUAUGUGUCUAAAUCGCCGAAAAUUAUUUUUCGAAACGCCGGAAGGCAUUAAGUCUCUGCGUGCUUGCAUAAUCAUUGCGAGUUCUUGAACUUAUAGUGUGAUAUAAACUGUGAACAAUCAACAUGCGAAGUCUCAAAGUCGGAAGGGCGAGGUUUAAGCAAAUCAAUGCAUACUCUCAAUAUAAUUCCCACGAUGGCUGAACAACCACACUGGCAGCUCCCGUAGACACUAACGCCAGAACUCCGUCUAGAAAAUUUUCGAGAAACUGCACGGAUAGGAUACGGACGAAGGAAAACUUGUCAACGUUUGCGCGCGCUUUUCCAGUGCUGCAAUCGUCUUGUAUAAACCCCGAGAACAAAGCGAGUACUGGAAACGUUUCUUUCUUUCUUCAAGAGUAACUGCUUGCUUUGAGUCUUAUUUAACUCCACUUAACGCAACUUAUUGUACGCUGUAAGAAGAGUUUGCAAACUUUGAUGCUUACCUUGUUCCCAGACUACAAAAGAUUUAGCUCGGGGGCUCCUGUAUAAAUACAUAGGAAAGGAGAAAUAGCUUUUCUCAACAGCCACUGCAACGAAUUUGACGGGAUUCAUUACAUUUAAAAGAAAAAGUCAAAAUCUAUUGACUGAUGGAAGCGGAUUUCUUAUUUAGGCCGUUCGUUUUUUUUUAAAUAUGAAACAUCGCAAAUUCUCAGGAAACGGAACUAUAAAGUUCACGACUCCGUAACUCAGCAAUGCAAAACGAUAUCACAAUUCUGUAAAUUGCGUCUAAUAGCACAUCUAAAGCGAAAAAAAUGUAUCUAUUAUACAUUUUUCUCAAGUACACCAAUAAUAUGCGAGUAGUAUUUUCGCAAAACCUUUGUAAACAGACAAAUUAUUGUAUCAAAUUUGCCCGCCUUGGAUGUUCUGGUGGAUGCUAUUUACAGAACGGCGAUGUCUGUUUCUGACGCAGAGGGACAAAUUUGUAAACUUAGGGCUUCCAUGUUUUUAAACACAAAAUUAUAUAAAGAUUCUUGUAAAAAAAUAAGGCCAUAAAUCGAAAUUCCACUUCUAACAGUCACUAGAAUUUAAUUUUUCAGUCAAACGCCAGGAAUUUCAUUAAAAUCGGCCCUGGGCUUAUCCCACAAAAGCAUUUCGGAAUGGCUGGUUGCGCGAUGGCCUUGAAAAAAAAAACACAGCGUCUACUCGAGCAGUACAAAAAAAAAAGACCACGUGACCUUCUCCGAGCGAGCGACGAUGGGCGAUGGAGGGUGGAACGAGCGGCGCGCGCAGACAGGUGUUCCGUUGCUGACGUCACGCAGCGGCGGCGGCGGCGGUUGUGGCGACAGUCGACUGCGAAGCGAGAGAGACGGCGAUGGAGGGCGCUGGCCCGCGGCAUAACGGAUUGCGCGGUAGGCCUCGGGAGUACGUUACGGUCGAGGAUGCUCGCCAGGCGACAAACGAGGCGCGACGUGCGAAGUGGCGGGAGCAAGGCGUGCCGCUCUCCUCUGCUAAGAGGAUGCAGCGUAAUUGUGUCCGGUUUGUGUUACGCAAUUGUAACGCUUACUGGCGACAAGCAUGCUGCAUCUUUAGGCAGUGCUUUAAGUGCUCGCAUGUGUCGUUGAGGGGGUCGACCUAAAGCGCCACACGUGUACUUCACACUGUGGCUUGCUAUAUGUCUUGCAAGAAGACUGACCCUCCGAUCGUAUAAACUUAUUGCAUUACCAGGUGAACAGGCUUUAGCCUUAACGUGUUACAGAAGUGUAAUAUGCUGCCGAACUUUUACAGGGAAGCUGUUUACGGCUAGGGUUCCGUGAAAUUUUCAUGUGUGUGAGCAAAAACUAUAAUCAUCAGCAAUGGCUCGUGCCACUGCUCACGUGUUUUUCGUCGUCUUCCACAGCUGGCUCCGACUGUGCUCAUCGUGCCAGCGUUCCCACACUGUCCUUCCGUUUGCGAAGGCGCUGGCGGUACUGGCCCACUGCCAGUCAGUGCGGUGAUUUUGGUCUCAGAUUCUUUUGAUGAUGGUGAUGAUGAUCUUCACGCGUUUGGCGCAUAACCACGUACGGAGAUUGGGCAAGAGUGCAUAGUGCUAAGGUAAUACAUAUAAAAAUCUAUAAUUUUCAUGAAUAAAAGCGAGGAAAGUUCAAAACAAUUUAGUAAACAGUCAUUCGAUAAAAAAGUAUAUGUAAUAUAUAUGAGGCAAUAAAGGAGGAAUAAAAUGAAUAAUACGGUCAACAAUGAAAACGGUUUGAUUCAAUUAUGAAUUUUUUUUAUGGCGAUGCACACAUUCCUGCGUGAGUGCCCAAGCACAGAAGCUCCGAAAGACUGCAGUACCGGAGUGUUAAAUGGCAAGCCGAGCUGUGCCACUGUAAUUUCCACAGCUGACUCUGAUGGUACCCAUCAUGCAAGCGUUUCCAUACUGCCCCUCCCUGUGCGAAGGCGCUGACGGCACUGGCCCACAUGCCUAUCGGUACGGUGAUUUCGGUCUCAGAUUCCUUGCUUCAGUAUAUCGCGAAAUGAAAACACGAAUGUAUGUAAUGAAUGUGUAACACGAAUGAACGCGAAAGUAUAAAAAUAAAUGUAUGUGCGUGCCUUUCGUGCCGACGACUACCGAUCAAGACAUAAACAUGU